AACAACAGCUGCAGUAAAGUAUCAGACACGUGGGUUUUAUUUUAGCAGUCAUUCGCCAACUCCCGAGUUCAACAGCAGUGUGUCAGAGUUGCGCUGCUGCUGAGUCGAACAUUUAACGUGUAAUUAACAACCAAGUCACGGUCAGUUGUUGAUUUGACUUUAAACAAAAUGGGCAAAAGUGGCCGGAAGAACAAGGAGAAGAGAAAAGAUUUCCAGAAGGUCAAAUUGAAAGUCGGCAAAAAGAAACCACAAGCCGAGAACUUCACUGAAACAACUUUCAAAUCUCAGGCCAUUCAUUUACGAGAACAGCUGAAAUCUGGCCCUCAAGAUGAACCCACCACACAGAGGAAACAAAAUAUUCACGAUCUUGUAUGUCAUCUCAAUCAUUACAAUGGAACGAUUCGUCAAUCGUCAAUAACCGGAAUGAAGGAGCUUCUAUCUUCUUAUCCAGCGCUGAUGUCUCAACAUUUGCCUUUACUCAUUGAUAGUUUGUCUGUUCUGAUGACGGACAAAGAAGAUGCAGUACGCAGAGCAGGUAUCUCCCUAUUACAGCUGGUUCUUCAAGCCACGCCCAAUGACUCCAUCGCUCCGUUCUUCCCUAUUCUCAGCGCUCAUCUCUCAUGUGCAAUGACUCACAUCCAAGAAGACAUUCAAAUGGACUCCUUGGCUGUCUUAGAUCUCAUACUCCAGUUCUACCCAAGACUUCUCACAGCUCAGAGCCGACAGCUUCUUACCAUCUUCGUUCAGCAGAUUUCUCAGCAGAAGAAGAAGACGUUUGGUUGGGCAGAGAAUGAUGGAGAGACUGAGAAUAAACUGACAAUCAAACCUGGCAGUAAGAUCUCAAGCCAUUAUUGGAGACAGAAAGUACUCAUGAGGCUAAGACAGUUCCUGUCAGCAUUGCUUGAGCAGCAUUACAUGAUGCAUUCCCAUUACCAUAGCAACAAGACAACAGGUGUCAACGGAACAGAGUCGACUGUGAUGGUGAAUGAUGGGCAGGAAACUUAUGCACCAAUCUUUGCUCCUUGUACAAGGGUUUUUAUGGACCAAGAGGAAUUUGUCUUGAGAGCUCCAUCCUCCUCAGCUACAUCGGCCGAUGACUUCUCUAAACCAGAGAACCUUCUUGGAUUCAUCCAUUCCUUGGUGCCUCUACUCCUUCAAUGCUGGAUGGAAGUCUCUCCCAAGUCUCACCAGCAAGCAGUGUGUCAGCUUAAUGGAGUUGCCAUAGAGAUACUGGAUGGAGUCUUAGCUGUCAUACAGUUGCUAUGGCGAUGGAUGCUGAGUAUAUGCGAGCAAAAACAGGACUUUAGUUGCAUGGUAAAAUUACAAAAACUCUACCAGAAGAAGUUUAUCAACCACCUUCUAACCUGCUUUCCCUACACCUCCCACAAUGCACUGCUUCAAACGAAGAAGUCUGGGAAGGUUGGUACAUCUGUCUCCAUGGUAAAUCUCAACCUCGCUGCCUGUGAGAUCAUGUCCUACUUUAUGAACAAGAGUAGUAUCGAGAACGCUUGGUUACGGAAGAUCAUGGUUUACGUCUUGGAGACGUCUCUAGAAGGAAAUGAUCUCUCCAUCGAGAAUAUGAAAAGUCUGCUGAGUGUUGUGAAGAGACUUGUCAAAGUCCUCCCUAGUAGAGGAAGUGUGAAAGAUCUGUUACAGGGUGCUUUAACAUUGUACACAAAUUGCCACCCACUGUCUCGAAACAAAUGUGAGGCAUUAAUUUGUCUUGAUGAGUUGACGUUCCAUGAAAAUGCCUCGGAAGUAGCAAAGUCAAUAGGUCAUGAUUUGCUUCAGAGUCUUCCAAAGCUUUUAUUAGAGCUUAGUAAUCAGAAGAUUGAAACUUCCCAGCAUGCUUUGGAAAUCCUUCUUAAUCGAGCGUCUAGAAAUCAACCCGAAGCGUUGCUAUGCAUUAGGAACAACAUCUCUCAGUUUGUUGAUCUGGAUUCUGGUAUUUUCCUCCUUUUUCCUGAGCACCUUCAACUAGCCAUCAUUCACCUCAUUCACCAUGCUGACCCCCUUGACCUUGUGAUCUUGAGGUCAUUAGCAAAGUGUUGCCAUGACAACAGAGUCAGUGCUAGGAAUGUUGGGUACCUCAUCAACAUUAUAUCAACAAGCUUUCUUGAUGUGAAUCUUUGCAAUGAGAUAGUGAGAGAUUUGCCGUUCAGGUUAUCAGACUUCAUCAGCUUUCUCUGCUCUUUGUCAAUCGGAUGUUCCCAAGCAGACCUGAGGAUUCUUCAUGAGAAGAAAUGUCAAGAAACUGAAGAGACAGCGAGACAUCUUCCAGAGAGCAUCACAUCGAUGAGACUAAUCUCUCAAGAUGAAAACCAACGUCGGCGACAUUUAACUAUUGUCAAGAGUGUUUGUCUGAGCUACAAUCUUAUCUCCAGUAAGCAGCAGAUGUUUGACGUAGUACUAGCGGUUUUCACAGAUCUUUUGAAUCAUUAUUCUAUGAUCCCGUACCAGACUGCUCAUGCAAUACUCUACACUGCUAACAACCUCAUCACAGCAGACACCAACUGGGUUCAAGAAACUAUCCACAAACUGACAGACUGUUGCUUAGCAACCCUGUACAUGGCCGCUGCAGGUCACGCUGGGUCAUAUAAAGAUGGCGGUUGGUUGGAGGUCAUGUGGGCAGAGACUGUUGGUCUCUUGGUCAAGUCUGAGAAGAUUUUUGUUGCUGUUAUGGAACGGAUUGACUCGACCAGUAAAGAUUUGUGUGAUCUUAAUCACAUCCAGGGUGUUGCCAUGGUGUUGAUCAGACUCUUACAAACACAGACAAUGGCGUCAGUGUUUGUAAAGAUGUCGGACUGCGUCAACAAAGCUGUCCAAAGUGUCUUGGUUCAUCCUUUAGCAACAGACGAUACUCGAUGGGUGACUGAGCUUCGAUACGAGGCAAGUGUUGUCCUAAAUGCUGGAAAUACUCAAAGUUAAGCAAAAUCAGGAAGUAUUUUGUCUUUUGUAAAAAGAUACAUACACAGGUAUAGGUAUAGACCUUGUGACCUUUGUUUACAAUAAGUGUGACCUUGUACAUACUUUGGCUUUUCUGGCAGGCAAGAUACUGCACUGGUCA